CAGGGUCUAAGUUCUCAAAACGCGAGUGUUAAAAUUCUUACAAGAUCUUCACAUUACCUUUGUUUAUAACUUCAAGGUACAGUUGAUGCGUUUUUGCAUUCACUUUUGAUAAUUCACGCGCAUGACAGUUAUAACAAAGGUCAAUGCGCAGUCGAAAAACAUUGCGCAUUUCGUUUUCUUGACUAACCUUCCAGAGCUGGGUUGAGUGUCGAUCGACCACCAGCGAGCGUUCAGCAGCCGUCAGCCCGUGCUAGAGGGCGAAAGCCUUACAACAUCCUUGUGCUGUUUUGGUGCCUAGUGGGUGUAAAGUGUCAUCAACCCCUUUUUGUUGUGCUGUACUAGAAUAAACCCACAUGAUGCCUGCCGCCAUGCCACCCGCCGAGCCAAAUGGCGCGCCGCGAAGCGAGCUCGAGCAGCUCCAGAUGCGCCAGGGACAGGUCACCGAUGAGUCAUUGGACUCCACCAGGCGUAUGAUGCAACUAUGCGAGGAGAGUCACGAGGUGGGCAUGAAAACCCUGGUCAUGCUGGAUGAACAGGGCGAACAAUUGGACAGGAUCGAGGAGGGCAUGGACCAGAUCAACGCGGACAUGCGGGAGGCUGAGAAAAAUCUUUCCGGCAUGGAGAAGUGCUGCGGGAUUUGCGUGCUGCCGUGCAACAAGGGAGCGUCGUUCAAGGAGGAUGACGGUACGUGGAAAGGCAAUGACGAUGGCAAGGUGGUGAACAACCAGCCGCAGCGAGUCAUGGAUGAACGCAACGGCAUUGGUCCACAGGCUGGAUACAUAGGCAGGAUAACAAACGACGCCCGAGAAGACGAGAUGGAAGAGAACAUGGGACAAGUGAACACCAUGAUCGGCAACCUCCGCAACAUGGCGCUGGAUAUGGGCUCCGAACUCGAGAACCAGAACCGCCAGGUCGACCGCAUCAACCGCAAGGGCGAGAGCAACGAAACGCGCAUAGCGGUCGCGAACCAGCGGGCGAACAAGCUCCUCAAAUCUUAAGCGGCGUAAGGAAUGCUCUAAAAUGACGCUUCGACGACUGUAGAUAGUCGAUAUUGCAGUCGUCAAUUUUGGUAGAUAUUUUUGGGACGAGGAGUUGUAAAUAGCUGGCGAUAUAAAAUAAUAAAAUAUGUGUGCUAGGUGUAAGUUACCACCACUGUCUAUACGCAUCUUAUAUAAUAUAAAUGAUGAAAUUAUUGAUCAUAAGUGUGGACGAGUUGACAGUUGACGGUGGGUUGUGCAAAAUGUUGUAGGUAGAUAUGACGAUGGGGUAAACACGUCAAAGGGCUAACACGAAUACCUACUAACGUUUGUGGUAAAUAAGCAUCUUGGUAUAGGCAAGAGAAAAGAAACGGUCCUAUUAAAAUCUGCUCAGUCUGUGAUGUAUGGCUGGAUUUUAUCCUCCUCCAAGAAAUAACACCAAUUUCAAUAUCUUCCCACAAGGUCGUUCGAAGCGUCGUUUUAAUACGAAAAUCUACAUAUAUUUUAUCAUUAAACGCGAAGUUGAUUCGUAUUCGUAUAAUUACUGCAAUGCAAUAAUUUUUCGUAAUAACUUUAGUAGGAAAUUUACAGUACAAUGCAUUUGACUGUUGGAUAUCGUUCCUAGUCUCUGUUUAAAUAGUCGUAUAUUAGAUGUUCCCACUUGCUUAUCUAGUGACGAUUACUACAUAUCCAAUAAUCCAUAUGCCGAUUUUUUAACGUAUUCCAAUGAUUCUAAAUGUCAAUUUUCAAUACAUCAAUUGUGAGAUUUCCUCUUUGAAUAAGGGGAGACAAAUUCAGAAAAUAAUUGUACCAUCCGCUACAGAAUUUAAAGCAUCAUUUGUUAUAAGCAGCUAAGUUUUAGAAUUGUAAUUUUUUUUAUUAUAACUCUUAUAUCUUUUGAAUGUUUGCCCGACUAUUCAAUUAGAUGCUUAUCAUUUUAUCACCAUUCAAAUUAAGGGCAUUUUAAUAUACGUUUAUAGUUAGACUGAAUUAGUCUUGAAACUUGGGCAAACCAUACAGAAUUAUCCCGCUAAGUUUCAAUAUAGUGACCUGUAUGAUUUAUCAUUUGCCAUAUCAUUAUAUACCUUCUACAAUAAUGUGCCAAAAUGUCACAUAUUAAUUUACUUAUCAGAUUUGAGCUUCUCACAAAAUUCAGCAGUAAAAGUGCAAUAUUUCGACUUAUGAAGAAUAUUUUUAGAAAGUUAUUUUUACUGUAACCGUCAUGUGCACAAACAUUACCUUUUAUAAUAAUAUUUAUUGUUCUUAAUAUCAAAAUAGUAACUCAAUUGAUUUGCCAUUUAAGAAAUGGCACAGGUGAUAAUGUUGAUGAAAUAUAAUUUGACUCGAUUCGAUAUACAAGUUCGAAAGAUCGGGUCACUUUAUAUCUUGUCAACCAUCUCCUGUUCCCAGCAAUUUUGUAAGAUCUUUCCCUGACUUGAAAGCCCUAGGGCCUAAACAAGAUGUAAGCAUACUUAAAUUAAAAACAUGUGUAAAAAUAAAUAUUCCAUUCAAAAAUUGUGAUCGAACUCCCUUUAGGCAUCUUUCCUCGGGAAUUGACGCAAAUCUUAGUUCAUAUUAAGCUUACGUGAUAUACUUAUUUAUUCUUCUUCAGUACCUAUAGAUUUGCUAGAUAGUGCCUCUGCAUUUAUUAAUAAUAAACAUUAUGUUUAUGAUAUCGUUAAGCAGCUUUUCCCUCUCAAUGGUAACCCAAUUAUUUAUUAGAUUAAGAUAUCGGUGCCUGUAUUAAUUCUUUAUUAAUUGUCGUAGUCAUUUGUUUAGAUAUUACGUUUAAUAGUUAAAUAAGAUCCCAUCCCACAUCGAAAGUUUUUUUUACGCUACCAAGUAGGUAUAAUUUUAACGCCAGUUGUGGACCUAUAUUCCAGCGGAGUAUGGGAGUGUUGUUCAAUGCUUCCUUUACUAAUGCUUACAGUAUUUAUCGCACAAACGAUCAAUGAAACAAAGAAUACAAUAGGGUACAAAUGUCCUACGAAAUAUAUCGAGAGUAGUCGCGCGAUAUGAUGAGUAUUGCAUGUAGAUACGAGUAAAACAAAAUGUUAUGCGUCGUUGCCAGGCAGGCAAUCGUAGUCGCGCGAUAAAUGAUAAAACAUCAGGCCGUCCCUAUCGCACUAUUUGUAAGUGGCAGAAGACAAGUCGAAAUAGUUGGGCGAUUUUGUCAAAUUGAUAGUUAGAAAUUAUUUCAUAGGUCUUUUGUGCCCUAACAAAUUCAGUUUCAUAGCAACUUUCCGUAUCGUUUUAAAGUUGUAUUGUGAUUAAUACAAAUAGUCUACGAAUAGUUGAACAUUUAAAACUUUAUCAAAUACUACUUAAAGUAUAUUGUUAUUAUAACGUGUACCGGCCUUAGGAGAUAGUGUAUCAUAGGUAUGUUAAAGGCAAGGCUUGACAAAUUAUACUCGUGUACCAGUUAGAUAAGGGUUUUCGAAAUUUUCUCUAUGUCUUUUUCUCUCAAUAAUGUUAGUUAUAAGUGUACUUCGUGCGUCCGGCCGUGUGGCCGUCUUCUAUGCGAUUACUUAAAACUGUUUCAAAAUGACGUCUUAAAAUCUUCGCACAAUAUUUCAUCUCUUAGGGCAGAGGCACAAAUUUUACUCGGAGUCCGCGAGUCGUACAGUCUACAAAAAAAACGAAAAUUAAUUUAGUCAGACGCCUUUUUAUCGAUCUAAUAUAGAACGAUAGAGAAGCAGAAUGAAAUUUUGAUUUUCGUUAUACACCGUAGACUUCCUUCGUGGCCCUCAAGAAAAAAAAUAUUAUAAAAUAUAGGAUGCGCGUUCUUUUGAAAAUAAUUGUAAGGAGAACUCAAGCAACUGCAUGUUAUAAUAGAAUCGAAGCUUUUGGGACGACAUUUUGAAUAUCAAUGUUAAGUAAUCGGUUUAUAAGUACAGUCAAUGUCAUUAAUAUGUGAGCAAACAUCGGUGCAAAUAUAUCCAAACUUAUGUUACUAGUAGAAGCAUGGCCGUUUUAUAUCUGACAUGAAAUGUUCUUCGUUUUCGGACGUACCAUCGUCACAUAGUUGUACGCUAAAGCUAAGACGUCCAUAAAUCUCAGAAAUACAAUAUAUACCUAUCUACCUACAGUGGUUACAGUUAAGAUCUGUAUACAGAUGUAGUGAGAAAACAUUUUCCUUCGUUUAGUUACGGAAACGUACGAACGUGUCAUGCUAUUUCAGUCAGUCUUGGUACAAGAUGUACUGACAUUGACUGAACUAGCAUGACAAAUACGAACGUUUCCGAAGGAAACCCUUUUCGCACUACAACUGUACCUAUAAAAAAUACCUAAGAACCGAAUAUGUCAUGUUAGAUUUAAAACCAACGGUGCUAGCUCAGAUUUUUUCCCCAACAUAUUUUUCGAUAUAUUUACAUCGACUCUCCUAUGUAAAUAACCUCGACUGCACCCAUAUUUUAAUGAUAACUUAAAUAUUUUAUGAUGUAUUUGUCGGCUCAGACCUAGAACCGUGUUUGUAAUGGCUACCGGCUACUCGUUAUAUCCAUUGUGUAUACAUUUACCGCCUGCAUAAAUUGUAGGUUUUUAAUCUGCCUAAAUUAUCGACUAGGUAACUAGAUAAAAUAUAUUUUCUUUAAGAAUAGAAAUAACAUAACGGAUAGUAUGAAAAUGUUAAUUUCUAAUUACAUUAUUUAUUUGUUAAAGUA